CAGACAGACGUUUCCAUCAUCAUGAGUUCUGACCCCCUGACAUCUACAACAAGACCAGUCACCGAUGCCGUGGUCACGGUCCGCGUUAUCAAGUCGUUUCCUCACCGUACUGUGAAGAACAUGAUUCUUCCUCAUGUCGAUCUUACGGCAAUGACCGUAGGCGACUUGAAGGAGAUUGUUCGGUCUGAGGUGCAAAAACAGGGAGGUUGGAAACCGUACCGUUCUUGUGUCGCAGAACUGGAUACCCUAAAAAUCUACACUCAGCCUCACGCAACAAAAACUAUGAAUCUCAUUAUCAACAUGGAUAACGAGCAUUGGAUGUUGGAUGACGAAUCUAAAAAACUCGUUGAAUAUGGCUUUGCAAACGAGACCGAAGUGUCGUUCUUCAACCGUGUUGGAUAUGAGGAGUUCAAGGCCAAUCCAGAGGAAAAGUGGCUCUAGUUAUUUGAGCGUGGGCGAAGCGAUCUUACCUAUCGUAUCGACCGCUGUGAGGCGUUAAACAAUGCGCCGCAGCGCGAUGGCGUGUAUGACCUUUUAUUCUGCAGCACAAUACUCACUGUAGCACAAGGCGAAUAUCUAACCUCUUAAAUCUGGGUUUGCAACUGCGUGCAUCGCGCCCACCAGAGAAGGAGGAGGGGGGAGGAGCAUAGGGACAGCGUAAGAUAUUUGGAUACAGAUUUCUACUUAACUCUUCACGCACAGUUACCGUUACCGUUUCUCUGCUGUGCAUUGCCGUAACAGUAGCUCUCGUCCCGAUUAUCUCUGCUCUACUGCCGGGGUCGCCCUGAU